UGGAGACAGCAGCGCCUCCUCUGGGGACUGCACCAGCAGUCCACAAAAGAUAGCUUCCCAACCUUCUUCUGUUGAGAACCCAUUGGAGAACCAGACACAUGAUCCCAGUAAUUCAGAUACUAAGAUCUCUGAGACAGAGACAUCACAAAAUAACCAGAUUCUGCCUUCGCCUCCACUUCUGGUUCCCCGAGAAUCUUUGGCCUCUUCGGAGGUCAAGGAGGACUUACCUGUAGAGUCUUCAGCUCCCCAGCAUGGGCAGGAUGCCAUCCUCUAUCUCCAGACACAAGUGGCCGAGAUGUCCCGAGUGAUCCGUGACCUGCAGUCCAGGAGCUGUUUCAGAUUCCAUCACUCUAGGCCAAGUGAGAGCUCCUCAGCUCCCUGGGACGUCUCUGCCUCCAGGGAAGAACACGUGUCCACAGCUGAAGAGGAGGCCGAGUGCAGAUCCCCAUCAGCCGAUGACAGAGGGCAGCCAGCAGACCCCAGUCAGUCUAGUUUCACAGGUCUCCUGAAGAGAAUGGAACAAAGAGGUGUGAUAAAGAGAGUGACAUUGCAGGCCGAAGCAGAACCCUAUGAUGGGAAACCUGACUGUGUGACCUCUAAAAAGCGUUUGGUUCCUCCACUGCAUCCUCUUCUGAAAAUUGCCACCACGGAGGUUUUUAAAGACCCUGCUGAUUGUCAUCCUUCUUCCUUCAUGGGACACAGGGUGUAUCCUGUGGCCAAGGACACCUCUCCCUUCCAGCCAAAUCCACCAGCUGGGGGCCCCAUUGUUGAAGCGUUAGAGCACAGCAAGAGAGGGAGCACCACCUCGCCUCUGGACUCUACCUCCAAAGAAAUGGAGGUCAUGGGCUGUAGAUUCUACCACGCUGCCUCCAUCGCAGCCCGAGCUGCUAGCUACAUGGCCUAUAUGACUCAGUAUCAGCGUAAACUCUGGGAAGACAUGGAGGAUCUGGUCCAUGACCCAGAGUUUGAUCGCGGGAAAGCAAGGUGUAUAAUAUCUGAUGGUAUGGAUGCCGGCCUUUGGCAGCUUUGCACCACGAGGGACAUCAUGGACUCUGUAGUCAGAGUUAUGGCAAUGGCAAUAGACUACAGAAGGCAGGCUUGGCUUCGACUCACAUCUCUCACUAAGAAGACCCAGGAGAAGAUCUCACACUUGCCCUUUGAUGGUACCUCCCUCUUUGGACAAGAUGCGAAUGCUGUUGUUGCAGAAGAAAACAGUAUAAAAGAAAACGAGUAUAAAGACCACAGCAAAUACUACAGUCAACACCGCUACUUUUAUGGGCACGAUCAGAAAGCCCAUUAUCACAGUAGAGGCCACUCCAGAGGGGAUUGGUACAAACCUCGAAACCACCCCUACAGAUAUAGGAAGAAGGGAGACUCUCCAGAGCGCCACAGUUACAAGAACUGAUAACCCUUCAUGGUCUGCAGUGUGGCUGUCCGAGAGCCAGCUGUUUCUCCUGCCCUUCCCACUCACAGGACCUACAGGCCAGAAGUCACCUCAGAGACUGAACGCAUGUAUGGAGUUAUCACAGCUGGCAUUUGAAUUGUAGACUUUUGGAAUGAGGCUAAUGUGAAGCAUAAAGACCAUAUUGACCAUCAGAAGGAUAAAGUCGCCUUAACUUUGGCUCGUUUGGCCCGCCAUGUUGAAGUGGAGAAACAGCAGAAAGAAGAGAAGAAUAGAGCUUUCAGGGAAAAAAUCGAUUUUCAGCAUGCACAUGGGUUACAAGAAUUGGAAUUUAUUCGAGGACAUUCUGAUACAGAAGCAGCAAGACUGUGUGUGGACCAGUGGUUAAAAAUGCCAGGACUCAAAACAGGCACGAUUAAUUCUGGAACAAAAAGUUCAUUCCGAAGAGGAGGCCACAUACGAGUGUCUGGAAAACCAAUUUCAUGUCCCAUAAUGCACUGUAACAAGGAGUUUGAUAACGGGCACCUUCUCUUAGGGCAUUUGAAAAGGUUUGAUCACUCUCCAUGUGAUCCAACAAUUACACUCCGUGGGCCUUCCGUCAGUUCCUUUGCUUGUGUAGUGUGUUAUAAACAUUUUGUUACUCAACAGCAAUAUAGGGAUCACCUUUUUGCUAAGGAAGCUGCAGAUGAUGGACAUAAAAACAACCUCCUUCCUCAGAUUAUUCAGUGUUUUGCGUGUCCAAAUUGCUUCCUUCUUUUUAGCAGCAAGGAUGAGUGUUUGAAGCAUAUGUCUGGAAAGAAUCAUUUCCAUCAGAAUUUUAAACUGGGUGAUGACAAGGGAAUUGCACAUCCAAUAUCAUUUCCAUCUUUUGCAAAGAAACUUUUGAUCUCUCUGUGCAAAGAUGUUCCAUUUCAAGUUAAGUGUGUGGCCUGCCACCAGACACUGCGUUCCCACAUGGAGCUCACUGCCCAUUUCAGAGUUCGUUGUCGAAAUGCUGGUCCCGUAGCUGUUGCUGAGAAGAGCAUUGCUCAGGUGGCAGAGAAAUUCAAAUUAAGAGGGUAUUGUCCACUUUGCAGCCAUGUCUUUGUGGAUGAAGCCAGCACCCAGACUCAUAGGCAGACUUCAGGACACAAAGUUCGAGCCAUUAACUCAAUGGAAGAGUCAGUCUUACUUUACUGCCACAGCAGUGAAAGGAACAGACCUCCUUCUGACUUGCACCUUUUGCAAGAUCAGUCAGAGUUUUCAUCAUUGAAAAGAAAUCUGUCUGUUCGAGAAUCUGGCUCCCAAGAUUGCAGCACCAUUCCAAAAAAGAAGAUGAACUUAGGAGAUGAAAGCCAUGGAGCUGUGGUUUUUGUUCAGAAGGAAAAAGCAGUUGUUAAAACCUGGUUUUGUGAAUGCCGUCAGCAGUUUGCUAGUGAAGAUGCAGUAGAAAAGCACGUGUUCGCUGCAAACACCAUGUGUUACAAGUGCGUGGUCUGUGGGAAGGUGUGCGAGGACUUGGGGGUCAUCCGUUUACAUAUGAGCCGAAUUCAUGGAGGGGCGCACUUAAAUAACUUUCUGUUCUGGUGUCGGAUGUGCAGAAAGGAGCUGAGCAGGAAGGAGACUAUAAUGGCCCACGUGACUGAGUUCCACAGGGGACACAGGUAUUUUUAUGAGACGGAUGAGCUGGAGGGUAAAGCCCGGCCGUCAUCUUCUGCAACCGUGGCGAGUGACGUGACUGCGGAGUGUCCUUCAGCUGUCAGUGUUAUUGAUCAUUCCCCGGCCAGCAGCCCUCCAAAGGGUAGGUGGCAGUGCCGAAUUUGUGAAGAUAUGUUCGACUCCCAGGAAUGUGUCCAACAGCACUGCACGUCUCUGGCAAGUCACCAGUUUCACAGAUACAGCUGUGCCCACUGCAGGAAGACGUUUCACAAGGUGGAGACGCUAUCCCGACAUUGCCAAGAUGAGCAUGAUGGCGAGAUGAAGCUUAAGUACUUCUGUGGGCUUUGCGACCUGACCUUCAAUGUGGAGGAAGCGUUUUUGAGUCACUAUAAGGAGCACCACAGCCUAGAUUAUGUGUUUGUGUCAGAGAAAAAGGAAAAUUCCAUUAAAACUGAGAGUGACUUUCCAGUAACAGAGACCAGCCCCCUGCUAACGUGCGGCUGCCGUGAGAGCUACGUCUGCAGAGUCAACCGCAGGGAGGAUCAUGGCAGGUGCCUCCAGGCCCUGCUGGCCACAGGCAGACUCUGGUUCCGAUGCAGCUCCUGCUCGGCCACCGCGCAGAGUGCCGCCGACUUGCUUGCGCACGUGGGUCUGGCGCACGGAGAGUGCAGGUCUGCCGACGGGGCGGCGCCCUUCACAGUCAAGUGCGGCACCUGCACCAAAACCUUCCAGGACCCGGACAGAGCCCAGCAGCACUUCCACUGGAAACACUGCUUCCUGCAGCAGCCCAGCGCCACCCGAGCGGGCCCGCCCUCCACAGCUACCAGCUCCUCCCGAGCUGAGGGGAAGCCUAGACAGGCAGCGAGCUGUCCCAUGACCCCAGACCCGGAGAAGGGGGUGGAGAAGGACCUCAGCUGCCAGAGCGUGGGUGAAGAAGAUGUUGAGCUUCCAGAUUUGGAUUACCUGCGAACCAUGACUCACAUCGUCUUUGUAGACUUUGAUAACUGGUCCAACUUUUUUGGUCAUCUACCAGGGCAUCUUAACCAAGGAACCUUUAUUUGGGGCUUUCAAGGAGGAAACACCAACUGGAAGCCUCCCAUCAACUGCAAGAUCUAUAAUUACCUGAACAGAAUUGGAUGCUUCUUCCUUCAUCCUCGCUGUAGUAAAAGAAAAGAUGCUGCUGAUUUUGCCAUUUGUAUGCAUGCUGGCCGUCUCGACGAACAACUGCCCAAGCAAAUUCCUUUCACCAUUCUCUCUGGAGAUCAAGGUUUUCUGGAGCUAGAGAAUCAAUUUAAGAAGACUCAGAGGCCAGCACAUAUACUGAACCCUCACCACUUAGAGGGAGACAUGAUGUGUGCCUUGUUAAAUAGCAUAUCUGAUACCACCAAAGAAUGUGACAGUGAUGAUAACCUGGGUAUCAAAAGUACUUCAAUGGGAGAAGAAUUCAGAUCCACAGAAGAUGUGGAAUUAGAAGAAGCAAUUAGAAGAAGUCUUGAGGAGAUGUAAUUAAAGAUAUUACCACACAACAUCAAGUGGCCUUGAAGAGACUCAGGAUAAUGAAUUUUUGAGUUUUCUAAAGGAGACUAGAAAUCUACUAGUGCAGAUGUAUUUGAAAACACGCUUUUUUUGCUUUCAUAUGUUCAAAAUAUGAUAUUGCUUUGUAUUUUUGUGCUACUUUGCAAAAAUGUAUAGAGGAAUAGAAUACAUGUUCAUGCAAAUACAAAUCAUGUGUUCUAAAACAGGUGUCACCGUUUCCCAGUUAAUGUUGAAGUCAUAUAUUUAGGUUAAAGGAAUUAAAAAAAAGAAAAGAAAAGCUCUUGACUAUUGUUUACAUGUUUCCCAAAUAGAGUUUGUUUUUUAAUUUUAUUUGUACUGUACAGAUAAUUCUAGCUUAUUUUUUUAGGAGUGAAAAUGAAUAUAAAUAAAGCUGCCAUAGCUCACUUUUUCUGUAAAGCCUACGUCUGAUGUGGCACUAAUACCUAAUGCCUUUGAGAUCUUCGAUUAUGAUUAUUGGAAGAGAGUGAUGGAAGUGACCGUGGAAACAUGAAGUUCCCCAGCAGUGUUCUCUGUGGGUGUCAGACGGGCAGUCCUGCUUUAAUUAGAGCAGCACAUCGCUGGGAUGUAGAAAAGGAACACCUCAUUUCUUAGAAAGUAUUAAAAAGAAACUUCUCCAUUCCCUUUACCUGCUUAGACUUUUAUGUGACUUGUCUUAUCUCCUAUUUAAAGGGAACGAUGUAAAAAUAUUUGCAUAGAAUUAGACUUAUUUUUAAUAAUAUUGGUCCUUUUAUAUGUAUAUUUGUGUAAUCAUAGUAUUCUUCAGAUAAUAAUGUUGAAGGUCUGCUCAGGAGUAAUCUUCCUUUACCCUUUAAAAUUUCUGUUUCAUAUGGAAGUAUCUUCAUUUUAGUUAUUCAUUAAAUUGUCAGUUUCCUACAGCUGGUAUCACAUACUUAAUUUGCAAGUGUUGAGUUCCCACUGUGCUAAUAACAAUAUUCCAUAAUUAGAUGACUCAGAAGGGGCUUGUCAUACUAUCUUGUGCAUAUGUUUCAUGUUACUUGAACAGAAAUGUCAUCUCUAAAGAUUUCGAGUUAGUAAUUACUUACCAAAUGUAAAAUUUUCUCUAAGUAUAAAUUUUUCUUUAAGAAAAAAAAAUCGGGGCUAGAACUUUGUUUUUUCUCUACAACUAGAUAAUUUAGUGUGAAAUACUGUUACUGUUUUUUCGGUUCACAUUGGAAACCAAUUUGUUUGUAUUUCUUAAGAUGUCAGUUCUAGUUCCCUGGUGGCUCAGUAGGUUAAGGAUCUGGUGUUGUCACUGCUGUAGCUCGGGUUCAGUCCCUGGCCCCAGAAUUCCACCCCACCCUGCCCCGAUGUCUGUCCUACCUCCUUGAAGUUUUUUUAAAAGUAGACAUCAUAGCUUGAGAAUGUACCAGUCAUUCUUCCAGAGCGACCACAUUGUGGUUUUGUUUGUUAAAGGACUUAAGCAAGGCUUUGGGAGGGAAUCGCUGGGCCACACCUUGAGGACAUCUGCAGGAGCGCACUCAGUAGUGAGCCUCAGAAAGGAUGUCUAGCAAGAAGAUGCUCCGGCAGAUGCCGCAGAGCAGUAUCACAGCAGCAGGCGGGAUGCAGCCCGUGUUCUGGUAGGAGGCUUCUGAGGUGUGAAUGGUUGAGAGGAACUGAGGCUUUUUCUAUGACAGGAGUGGACUGUUUCACCAUGACCCUUAAAAUACGGUAAUUGGGUUGUUUAACGUUUUAAUUAAGAAUAGUCACUGACUGUAUAAUCUACUUACUAAGCAAUUAAAAAUCAUUUUAAAAUUA